AUGGACGUCUCUACGGCCACGGCUUUCAUUGCCCCUGCUGCGCUCCCUGCGCACAAUGCGAUGCAGGGGCAGAUCUCAGCUCGCCCGCCUAGCCAUGGACCAAUUGGAGGCAGCGCCAUGUUAGGCCUUGGCGCUUUCGCCGUUGCAGCCACUGCCUCGCGAAAGGUGCGUGCCCCUAGCGCUAUCGCACUGCGCGCGAGUUCUGUUGAGGAAUACAUCACAGAGAACGCUGUCAUUGCCUUCAUUACCCCAACCUGCCCAUUCUGCCGUGAAGCGGUCGCGGCUCUGACGGACGCAGGUUAUCCGCCUGUCACAGUGGAGGUUCCUCCUGGAUCUGACUUGAGGAAUGAGCUGGCCUCUAUCACCAACUCCACUAGCGUCCCCAAGGUCUGGGUCAAGGGCAACUUUGUCGGCGGAUGCAACGACGGUGGCAUGGGUGGGGUCAAGCCACUGCUGCGCAACGGCAAGAUUCAGGAACUGAUGUCCUGA